AUGGCUAGACAUUUUCAACUGCAGGAAAACUGCCUGCGGGCAAUGGGGCAUAGUGAUAACGUAGACAGUACCAAAAACCGAGCAUUCAGCUUGAAGCAUAUUAGCUCACUGCUUUUUGUUAUAUCGGCGCAGUAUCCAUUGAUAUCUUAUGUCGUUUACAACCGUAAUGACAUGGAAAAAGUCACAGCAUGUCUGAGUGUAGUGCUUACCAAUAUGCUUACAGUUAUUAAAAUUACUACGUUUCUGGUAAACAGGCUGGAGUUUUGGAAAAUGAUUCGUCUCUUCAGGAAAAUGCACGAGCAGUGUAAAUAAACUCCAAAUCAAAGUAAGGGAUCGCACUACGUAGACGAAGCUAAUAAACUAGCAUCCUUUCUAGGAAGGGCAUAUUGCCUGUCCUGCGGCCUAACAGGCCUUUAUUUUAUGCUGGGACCCAUUGUAAAAAUCGUCGGUAACAGUUGGCGAAACACAACUUAUGCCAGGGAGCUGCCUAUGCCAAUGAAGUUCCCCUUUAACGAUCUGGAAAGUCCUGGAUACGAAGUUUGUUUUUUAUAUACUGUUCUGGUUACUAUCGUCGUUGUCGCCUAUGCCUCGGCCGUUGACGGUUUAUUUAUUUCAUUCGCCAUUAAUCUGCGAGCUCAUUUUCAGACUUUGCAUUGGAAAAUCGCAAGCGAAGAGUUUGGGCUAUCCGAAAAUGAGUCCCACUCGAGACUGAAAUCAAUUGUAGACUAUCAUGUACUACUGCUUUCUUUGUCCAGAAAAUUACGAUCGAUAUACACACCAACCGUAUUCGGACAGUUUGUCAUAACAUCGUUGCAGGUUGGCGUUAUAAUAUAUCAACUAGUGACGAAAAUGGACUCCGUUAUGGACCUUUUGUUGUAUGCGUCGUUUUUCGGCUCUAUUAUGCUGCAAUUAUUUAUUUAUUGCUAUGGCGGCGAAAUCAUCAAAGCUGAGAGCCUGCAGACUGAUAUUGCUGUCCGGCUCUCCCCUUGGUACUUAGCUUCUCCGAAUACUCGAAGAUCCUUGUCGUUGAUCAUUCUACAGUCCCAAAGGGAAGUGCUAAUUAGGGCUGGCUUCUUUGUUGCAUCUCUGGCGAAUUUUGUUGGGAUUUGCCGAACAGCUUUAUCGUUGAUUACGUUAAUAAAAUCAAUUGAGUAA